UUUAUACAAAUAAAUAAUGACAAACACGACUGACUCUCCUGGAUUUCCCAUUCCUAAAGAAGAAACUUUUGCUAGCCGACGACGACAAGUUUCUGAGCGCACUAUAAUCCUCUUCCUCUCUCUUUCUCGUCGUCUUCCAACCAAACCCUAGUUUCUCAUCAUCUUUUCCAAUCAUACAGCCACUCACCUCUUCUCUCUCUAAAACCCUAUCUAUACCCUUACUUUUUCCUCUGUUUUCUCACGUGAAUCGUUUCGUAAUCAGAUAGCGAUCACACAUCAAUAAAGGGUUGUUGAUUUUGAAAUUUGGGACAAAGAAAUGGAAGUCAACGGAGAGGAUGAUCUGAAGGCACCGCUCUUGCAAUCUUCAGACAGUGUUGCAAUUAGUGUUUCUCGGCCAACUCAUAAUGGAGAUAAGAAAAUUAAGACGAUUAUGUUCAAAGUAAGAGGCAUCGAGUGUGCAUCUUGUUCGAAUUCCAUAGAAUCUGCGCUUGGAAAGCUUAAUGGUGUCCAAAAUGUCAUGGUGUCUCCACUUGAAGGGCAGGCUGUAGUCAGAUAUAUUCCGGACCUUAUCACUGCAAAGACAAUUAAAGAAACCGUGGAAGACGCAGGUUUUCAAGUUGAUGAAUUCCCAGAGCAAGACAUAGCAGUUUGCCGACUCAGAAUUAAAGGGAUGGCAUGCACAAGCUGUUCUGAGUCUGUUGAAUGUGCCCUUCUAAUGGUUGAUGGAGUGAAAAAAGCAGUGGUGGGUCUGGCCUUAGAAGAAGCAAAAGUCCACUUCGAUCCAAAUGUCACCAAUGCUAACCGCAUCAUUGAAUCAGUAGAGGAUGCCGGCUUUGGAGCUGAUCUUAUAAGUUCUGGAAGUGAUGUGAACAAAGUGCAUCUAAAGCUUGAAGGAAUUAAGUCCCCUGAAGAUUUGACUGUUAUACAAUCUUCCCUUGAGUCCCUGGAAGGUGUGAAUCAUGUUGAAAUGGACUUGGAAGACCAUAAGGUUACUGUUAGCUAUGACCCAGACUUCACUGGACCAAGGUCUCUUAUACAGUGUAUCAGUGAAGCUGGCGAUAGCCCCAACUUUUACCGUGCAAGCUUGUACUUCCUUCCAAGACGUAGAGAAACAGAGAAGCAGCAUGAAAUUCAGAUGUAUCAGAGCCAAUUCUUGUGGAGCUGCCUAUUUUCUGUUCCGGUGUUUAUUUUCUCCAUGGUACUUCCAAUGCUUGAUCCUUAUGGGAACUGGUUAGACUACAAGGUUCAUAACAUGCUCACUGUUGGGAUGCUUUUAAGAUGGAUUCUUUGCACACCAGUGCAAUUUAUUGUUGGCCGAAGGUUUUAUGUGGGAUCUUAUCAUGCAUUGAGACGAAAAUCUGCUAAUAUGGAUGUUCUGGUUGCAUUGGGCACUAAUGCUGCUUACUUUUACUCCAUAUAUAUAUUAAUAAAAGCUUUAACUUCAGAUACAUUUGAGGGGCAAGAUUUCUUUGAGACUAGUGCUAUGUUGAUAUCCUUUAUUCUCUUAGGAAAAUAUUUGGAGGUUGUGGCUAAAGGAAAGACCUCUGAUGCUUUAGCAAAGUUGACAGACCUUGCUCCUGAUACAGCUCACUUGUUAACAUUGGAUGAUGACGGUAAUGUCAUCUCAGAGAUGGAAAUCAGCACUCAACUGCUACAGAGGAAUGACAUUAUUAAGAUUGUUCCGGGGGCAAAGGUUCCUGUUGAUGGUAUUGUUAUUAAUGGUCAGAGUCAUGUGAAUGAGAGUAUGAUCACAGGAGAAGCAAAGCCAAUAGCUAAGAGACCUGGUGACAAGGUUAUUGGUGGGACCAUGAAUGAGAAUGGGUGUUUACUGGUUAAGGCCACUCAUGUUGGGCCAGAGACUGCACUUUCCCAAAUUGUUCAGUUAGUUGAAGCUGCUCAGCUUGCCAGAGCACCUGUUCAGAAGCUAGCUGACCAGAUAUCAAAGUUUUUUGUACCUACUGUUGUUCUAGCUGCAUUUCUAACAUGGCUAGGAUGGUUUAUCCCUGGAGAAGCUGGUAUUUACCCUAAGCAUUGGAUACCAAAAGACAUGGAUGCUUUUGAGCUUGCACUGCAGUUUGGCAUUUCGGUGCUGGUAGUUGCAUGCCCCUGUGCUCUGGGGCUAGCAACCCCUACAGCCGUCAUGGUUGCCACAGGCAAGGGUGCUUCACAAGGGGUGCUUAUCAAGGGUGGAAAUGCACUUGAAAAGGCACACAAGGUAAAAACAGUUGUCUUUGAUAAAACAGGCACGUUGACUAUUGGGAAACCAGCAGUAGUAAGUGCCGUGCUCUUUUCCAAGUUUUCCAUGGAGGAGUUCUGUGAAAUGGCCAUUGCUGCAGAGGCAAAUAGUGAGCACCCAAUAGCAAAAGCUGUGACAGAUCAUGCGAAGAAGCUAAUUCAGAAGUAUGGAUCUCAAAUGGAACAUGUCAUGGAGGUGGAGGACUUUGAAGUACAUCCAGGAUCUGGGGUGGGUGUAAAAGUUGGAGACAGAAGGGUAUUGGUUGGGAACAAGAGGCUCAUGCGGGCUUUUAAUGUCCCAAUUAGUCCUGAGGUUGAGGACUACAUGUCAGAAACCGAGCAACUGGCUCGUACUUGUGUGCUAGUUGCCAUUGAUAGGAGGGUUGCUGGAGCUUUUGCUGUGACUGAUCCGGUGAAGCCAGAAGCUGAACGUGUCAUAUCUUUCCUCCAAUCAAUGGGCAUCUCGAGCAUUAUGGUGACUGGUGAUAACUAUGCUACAGCAAAUGCAAUAGCAAGACAAGUUGGAAUUCAGAAGGUUUUUGCUGAAACGGAUCCAUUGGGAAAGGCUGAUAAAAUAAAAGAUUUGCAGAUGAAAGGCUUGACUGUGGCAAUGGUGGGAGAUGGAAUAAAUGACUCGCCAGCCUUAGUUGCAGCCGAUGUUGGAAUGGCAAUUGGUGCAGGCACAGAUGUAGCCAUAGAAGCAGCCGAUAUAGUUCUUAUCAAGAAUAACCUGGAAGAUGUAGUUACAGCCAUAGAUCUUUCCAAAAAGACGAUAUCACGUAUUCGACUCAACUAUGUGUGGGCGCUCGGAUACAAUGUACUUGGGAUGCCAAUUGCUGCUGGGGUUUUGUUCCCAUUCACCGGGAUUCGUUUACCACCUUGGCUUGCAGGUGCUUGCAUGGCUGCUUCAUCAAUUAGUGUGGUUUGUUCUUCACUCCUUUUGCAGUCUUAUAAGAAGCCUUUGCAUGUUGAGGAUCCUUUAGGGCCUAGUACUACUUGCUAAGAUCAGUUCAAAAUUUGAGAAUCAUAAACUCAAUAGUCUUAAAGUUGUCAAUGUCACACACCUCGUGGGACAAGUUGUUUAGCUGCUUUCCACUAGUUAUAACAUUGUCAUGAAGCAAGAAAUUUCUAAUAUAAUAAUAGUCAAACGUGAUUGCAAUUUGGAGAUUA